AUGAACCUAAGUGAUAGCGAUAAUGAUACUCUUAUAGCAUCUUGUUUCGACUUUAUAGAUAUCAAUGAUGAUACCAAUGAUUCAGACGAUAACGAUGACUAUGAUGGCAUACAUCGCGAUUACUCGUAUCACACAACCAACAACAUCCAACAAUACUUUAAAAGUAACAAUCUUCAACAACAUCAGCAGACAACCACACGAAGCAGUGGCCACGGAUCCUCAUCCUUUGCGGGUCACGGCAUUGUUUCUCCAGCGUCCAAACCCCUAGUCAAGAAUGGUAUUGCCAGUGGUGGUGGAUUUAUCAGCGAUCAUAUCAAAGCUGUAGACUCCAAGAUACUCAACAAUAACCACAACAACAACAACCACGGUUCUGCCAACAAUGGUAACCACUCUCAGGAGAGUUCGGCAAGUGAACUGAGUGAUUUGGAUGAUUCAGAUGAAGAUAUUUUCGGAUUGCUUUCAAACCAAACACUACCUCAACCCAAUAUCCCAAUAAAUGCUCCCAAUGUUGGUGUUGUUGGACAAAGAAGAAGAAAUAUCAAACAACAACCAAAACAACCAGAAGAUGAAGAUGCAAGUAGACAUGUCCACCAGCCACAUCUCAAACAACCCCAACAACAACAUUCUGAAAUCGAACAACCGGUUGUUCAUCAUCCAACCGUUGCCGAAUUAUUAGUUGCCAAUAAAUCCAAAUCACUAGGUGGUGGUAAUGGAAAGAAGGAUCAACAAAAACAACAACAUGUUAAUUCAAGUAGAGGAGGUGGAAACAAGGAUAGAAAAGAAAAAGGUGGUAAAUAUUCAAACAACAAUAACAACAACAAUAAGAAAUCAUCUUCUUCAAACAAAACCAAAGAUUCAUCUGAUUCAUCAUUUGGUGGUAUAAAGAUUCUUAAAAGAGAUAGUAAUAUUGAUUCUGAUCAAUUGAAUAAAUUGUUUUCUGGAGAAGGAGAUAAUAGUUCAAAGAAUCUAAAGGAUUCAGGAGGAGGAGGUAAUGGUCAACAAAAGAAGGAUAGAAGAUCUAGAAAUAGAAAACAACAACAAAGAGAUCAUCCAUCCUCUUCUGGUUCAACUACUACUGCCACUCCAAAGAAUGGUAAAGAUACCUCUUCCUCUACCUCUACCUCUACCACUGUUAUAACAAAUGAAAAACUAUUAAAAGAACAAGAGAGAGAAAAGAGAAAAAAGGAUGAAAAGACACUUGGUAGAGUGAUGGGAGAGGCACCAAUUCAUUAUGAUUUGGAUAGUGUUGCAUUCUCUGCAUCCAAUACAUUUGUAAAGGGUGAGAUUGUAUUGGUACCACGGUCACGUGGUGGAUUCAAUUAUGGCAAGGUAUACGAUGUCAUUCAAUCGAACCAAUGUCACCACGACCAAUCUGUGCAACACCCCGGUGUUCAAUACCGUGCCGUCUAUCCAUCGGGAUCGAAAAAAGACAAUAUGUUUAAGGAUCUCAACUCGUCGUACCUCGGUAAGCUCAUCCCCAUUGACAAGGUGUCACUCGAUUCGGCCAAAUCCUUUACUCUGCAGCUGCAGCCGGAUGGACGCAACAUUGGCCAAAAGGCCGCGCUAAAGGAUCUCCAAAACAUUGUAUUUUCACCGUCCACCCGUUUCCACAGCAACCAAAUUGCCCUCAUUCCAAGAAGCAAGGGUGGUUUCACUUAUGGCCAUGUACUCAAAGAAUGCAAGGUACCCUGUAAGGUGGGUGACAUCAAACACGAGGUCAGAGGAUACCGUGUCAUCGUAGAGAAAAAGGAAACUAUCACUGUCAAAGAUUUGAUUGUUGGUAAUAUUGGUCAAAUUUUUGUUGCUCAACCAGUUCAACAAGUACAACAACAACAAGCUGCUGUAGUUGUUCAACAACAACAACCAACCAAUGUACAAAACAAAGAAAAGGAAAAGGAAAAACCAAAACAUCAACAUCAACAACAAAGACAACAAUUAAGACACCAAAUUCAAGAUGAAAUUGAUGAAGCUGAUGAAGAAAAUGAUCUAGAUGAUGAUGAUGAUGAAGAAGAAUCGGAAUCUGAAGAAUCUGAACAAGAGGAAGAAUCAGAAUCAGAAUCAGAAUCAAAUUCAGAUGAUCCUUCUGAUGAAUCAUUAGAAUCUGAUCAAGAUUCAGAUGAAGAAGAAAUCUUGUGGAACGGUGAGAGUACAACAUCGAAUCAAUCAUUGUCAAUGGUUGGAUCACCGUCUACUCUUGCUUCUCCCAAGUUGCAACCUACUGCUGAACCCAUUACACCACCAUCAUCUCAAUUGUUGACAAGUACCACUUCGACGAGUAGCAACAACAGCAGUCCUGCCCCUAUGACGUCAUCGGGAUUGGCAGCAGUCCAAUUACCUUUGAACCUUCCUUUACCGGGAUCACGUGGAGUGAUUGAAAUGCCACAAGAUUCUAUUGUUUUUGUAGGAGGAAAGUCUAAAAAGAAACCAUAUCUGGUUGUUAUAGACGGUCCCAAUGUUGCCAUCAAGUACUCUAACAAAAAGAACUCGCUCUCUGUUAUUGCCAUCAAAAAGGCGUUGGACUAUUACAGUCACCGUGGUUACGAGGCCGUUACCUUUCUUCCCGAGAGUGUCGUGUCACGCAAACAAACCGGUCCCAAUGCACCAAUGAGAUUGGCCGACUUCCAACCAAUGAUUGACAACCACCAGUUGUUGCAAGAGUUGAUUGAAAAGGGACAGAUCUGCAUCACCCCACCUCAAGACUAUGACGACAGUUAUGCAAUUCAAUACGCCAAAAAGACAAAUGCCCUCAUCAUCACCAACGACCGUUACAAUGAUCACAUCAACAAUCAACCAACAGAGGCCGAGAAAAAGAAAAGCUCAUUCUUUGCACAUAACAUUUAA